AUGGAUCAGAGGUUAGAAAGGCUGGAACAAAUGAAAAAGGAUAUCCAAGACAAGAUGCAAGAACAAUUGGAUAAAAUCCAACAAGACGCGCUAGAAUCCCAAAGAAUCAUGAGCCAACUGGCACAAUUAUUAGCUGAUAAAGGAAAGAGCCCUGCAAUUAAUUCAAGAGUUGAUCAGGAGGACCCUGUUUAUCCUCCAGGUUUUACCCUGACAAGCACUCAGGCACAGCUAGAGAUGUGCCCCCAAAGAGCACCUGUGACUAUUGGACCUCAAUAUCAGGCCGACGCCUCGGACCAGUGUAGAUGGCUAGAGGAGAAAUUUAGAGCCAUGGAGAACGCCGACUACCAAUGUGGAGUUGACGCCAAAGAUUUAAGUUUGGUUCCUGAUUUAGUGCUCCCUCCUAAAUUCAAGAUGCCGGAGUUUGAAAAGUACAAAGGGACCAGUUGUCCUGAAGUUCAUAUAACUAUGUUUUGUCGAAGAAUGACGGGAUAUGUCAACAAUGAUCAACUGUUAAUCCAUUGCUUCCAGGACAGUUUGAUCGGGUUUGCAGCCAAGUGGUACAACCAGCUGAGUCGUGCUAAAGUUAGUUCAUGGAGAGACUUGGCGCAAGCCUUUAUGAAGCAAUACAGUCAUAUGACAGAUAUAACACCCGACAGAAUUAUGUUACAGAACAUGGAAAAGAAACAAAACGAGAGUUUCAGGUAA